CAGAAACUUAGCUUUGUUAUGUAUCUGUAGCAAAGGCUGAUACCCAAUACAAUAGGAUUUAGACACGGAUAAAAGUUUGUUGCCGUAUUUUAAAAAUGUAUUUUGAACUUCUUCGGAAGAUAUUUUAGUUUAUUUCGACUAGUAGAAGUACAGACAGUAACAGCACACAUGUAGGAAGGUUUUUACAGCCACAGUGCUAAUGUUAUUAACGCUCGUGUUGCCACUGUUCCAGUUUAACUGGUGAUCAGGUGAACUGGCGAUAGUUUCUGUCUCCAGAUGUUUCGUCCGCAGAUUCGGCACGAUCAGACCUGGAUUUACGUGAAAUAAAGAUACCAGAUAAAGAAGACCUCGCCGAAAAACGUCGGCAUCACUACUUAUAAAGUCUAUAUCCAUGUAAAUAUCAUCUACAGACAGUAAAAAGAAACGUGCGGGCCGAAAUAAAAAACACGUGUUUUUCAAGUACGGUGAGAGGAUUCGAAACCACGUAAUCCAGCGAUAAAAUUACCAGAUCACCGUUUUACUCACCAAAUAUUGUCAGCGGUUACAGUGCUCUGCAAUGACGGUUAGGACGUGGAUUACUGAACGUGUUUUUAUUGUUUUCUGAUCACCAGUUAAACUGGAACACCACCAUGUUUAAGAUAAAAUUAGAAGAGGUAAAAUCUACCUCAUUCAUCAGGUAGGAAAUUAUUUUGCCAGAGUACAAUAAACAAAGUUCAGUGGAAUAUGCACAAUUACACAGAGAUUUGCAGUAAAAUAUAAAUAACAAAUAAUAUAAAGUACAAAAUGUUAAGUAAGUUUCUAAAAGUGUUUGUGUAAAGUGACUGUGUAUUAACAGCAACAACUAGAAAGAUUAACAGAAAAUGAACUGAAGUAGAGAUUAAUAGCAUAGAAAACCUCUUAAAUGACUUUUUUCAACUUUAAAUUCGAUGACUUUUCCUAAAGUGACCCCAACAUUAGAAAAAAUGAAACAUUGUCUUUGUUUAUAUUUUCAUAAAAGCUGUACAUCAGCAGGGUACCAAGAUGGUGUUUGAUUUUUGACCCGGUAGUUAAAAAUCAUAGUCACAUAGGACUAAAACACAUACCUUUAAAACCACAACAACACACACAUGCACAUGCGCACACACAAUGAAAAAUUUAGAUUAUGCUACUGAUUGAUCUCAGAAAAACUAAAACUUUUGCACCUUGUGGGUUUGAGCAAUGAUUCAAAGAUGUGAGAAGACGAGUAUUUCAUAGUUGAGUUUUGUCAUUUUCCAUUCCAUUGUACAGUAUACAGUACACUGUUGUUUCCCUUCAAAAAUGCAUUUCAAGCUACUCUCUGCACAUUCUGGUACUUUGUUAGGUUAUGCAAGUGCUAUCUCUUGAUAAACAAAUAUUGUUUACACCUAUGCGGUACCUUUAGCAGCAAUAAUACUGAUAGUAAAUCUCUACUUUAGUAAAGAAAACAUGUGUGAUGUAAUAAAAACGAGUGGUGUCCACUGAUUAAUACAGUCUUUAUGCCCUCUGCAGAGCAAAAAACCGAGACAUUCACAAAGUGUGUGAUGCAAGGCAGGUUGUUUCUUCAUGUAAAACAGAUUUUUGGUUGAAAAUUCCAUUAGACCGCUUUAUUUUCAAGGCUCAGUGGAGCCGGGUUGUUUUUGACCCUCAGGACAAGAGGAGUGUUCAAGAUCUGAAGACAACACGAGGGUUAAUGUGGACCAUUAUUGUUAAAAAUGUUAAUUUGUAAAAUGGCUAUUAGCAAAAAGACUGCAAGACUAUGAGCAGCAUUAGAUAAAAGUUUACUAAGCCAGUGUAGGACCAUCUCUACAGGAAUGCAAUAAAACAACUUUAUAACAAUGUGUAAAAUACAUAAUAUAUCCAGUAUUGCCUUUCCUUGUUCUCUGUGUGCUUACUGUGGAUCACAGAGUUUUCUAUCAUUAUAUUUAAAAUACAGAACCAAUGUUGAUGCAGAGAUUGUUAACCCUUAAAUGCAUAAAUGGGUCAAAAAUGAGCCGGUGAGGUUGUUCUCUUGCAAUAUCAUUUUAAUGAAAAGUUGGUGUCAUUUCGUAUUCCAGAUAUUCCUCAAAAAAUAUGUCUUUCAUGUCAUUCUAUUUAAUUUUACCUUUUAUACUUUUAAAGAAACAGUAAUGCUUCUAUUACUACCCCAACUCUUUAUCACUGAUAUCAUCCAAGAGGCGAUGAAGUGCACAAACUUGGAGCAACAGCUGGAGGAAAAGAGUGGAAAAAUGUCAACAAAAUGGAUGCUGACAUUCUUCUAUUGCUGCACUGCUCUGUAGUUCAUGAAAGACCUGAGAGGACUGAAGUAGUGGAGCUGCCGUCAAGCCCAGAACAAUCUGAUGCUGAUCCCAAUGAGCUGGAAGAGGAGGAGGAGGAACCAGAGGAGAAAACAGCCUAUCAGAAGCUUCUUUCAACUCUUAACCAAUCCACAAGCAACGCCCACAGCGAAGAGGAGGAAAGCACUGAUAAUGAAGAGGAGGAAGAGGAGCUUCUUGGUGAAGAGGACAGUGAUGGAGAUGGGGAUGGAAGUGAGGAAGGUGAUGAAGAUGAAGGAGCAGAGGAGGAACCUGCAGAUGGAGACGAAGCUCUGACAGAAGCAGGAGAAGGGAAAGAAGAAGAAAAAGAGGAGGAGAAGAAGGCAUUAGAUGAACAGUUUGUAGACAAAGAACACGAGUCUGAGUUCUGUCUGGAGACCAACUUCAUGGGCGAUGGAGAACAAGAGGACACUGAAAACUCUGCACAACACCAAGACAAUAAUGACAUGUUUUUACAACAUUUGGAUACAGAAAUUAGUGAAGAGGAUGUCCAGAAAAUAACAUCAGGCUGCAAAUCCAAGACUCAGAUCACGUGGCCAAAACUGGGAACUCUGCUCUCUACGAGUCCCCUUGAGAACUUUGGCCCCAUCGGCUCUCAGAAAGACACAAACCUCCCAGUUUUCCACAAACUGUUGAUGACCCACUGGAAGGACCUGAACCAGACGUCCAAUCCUAAGGGGGCAGCUGAAGAGAUCAGCCCUCUGCAGCUGGAGCUGCUGGCCCUCAUGGGUUCCUACAAGGAUAUCUAUUACCCAGAGACAUGUCCUCUAAACCAGGGGCCACAUGUGCGCAAUACAUACUGCCUCCAUGUGCUCAACCAUGUACUGAAGGCAAAUUCACAGGUCCUGGCUCACAACACCCAGCUAAGAGAGCAGAAACCACAGUCUAAAGCUGGAGCUGAGCCUCAGGACGAACCCAGAGACCAAGGACUGACCAGGCCAAAGGUCCUGAUCCUCGUUCCAUUCCGGGGCGGUGCGCUGAAAGUUGUCCAUACGCUCAUCAGCCUGCUGGAGACCAAAGGAAAGAAGAUUGAGGUCAGCAACAAGAAGAAAUUCAAGGAAGAGUUUGGAGAGGAAGCGGAUGACAAACCGUCCAAUCUGCAGAGACCAGAGGAUUACCACGCCGUCUUCUCAGGCAAUGUGGACGACCACUUCAGGAUAGGUAUCUCCAUCAUAAGGAGCAGCGUACGUCUCUACGCUCCCUUCUACUCAUCAGACAUCAUCGUUGCUUCUCCACUGGGCCUUCGCACAGUGCUGGGAGCAGAAGGAGAAAACAAGAGAGACUUUGACUUCCUGUCCUCCAUUGAGCUGCUGGUUGUGGACCAGGCAGAUGUUUUCCUCAUGCAGAACUGGGAACAUGUCCUGCAUGUGAUGAAGCACAUGAACCUGCAGCCGCUGGACUCUCAUGGAGUGGACUUCUCAAGGGUGAGGAUGUGGAACCUGAACAACUGGGCCAGACAUUACAGGCAGACGCUGGUGUUCAGCUCCAUCCAGGACCCACAGAUCAACAACAUCCUCACCAAACUCUGUGCCAACUACCGUGGACAGAUCACCACAAAAAACAUGCCAAAAACGGGUUCCAUCUGCCAGGUCCUUGUUCAGCUGCCUCACGUGUUCCAGAUGUUCUCCUCCGACAGCUUCAUGGACCACGAUGCUCGGUUUCAGUUCUUUCUAGAUAAAGUGCUGCCUCAGUACAGGGACUCCGUCAUGUCCCACACACUCAUCUACGUCCCGUCUUACUUCGACUACGUCCGCUUACGCAACUACAUGAAGAAAGAGGAGAUGAACUUUGCCAGCAUCUGCGAGUAUUCCAGCAAGUCAGAGGUGUCUCGAGCCAGACACUUCUUCCAGAAAGGACAGAAACAGUUCAUACUCUUCACCGAACGCUUUCACUUCUACAAGAGGUAUACCAUCAAAGGGAUCCAGAACCUGAUCUUUUAUGGACUGCCCUCCUACCCCCACUUCUACAGUGAGGUGUGCAACAUGCUGGCAGCAGGAGGUCAGGGGGAGGCGGCCAGCUGGACCUGCACCGCUCUCUACUCUUGCUAUGACGCCCACAAACUGGCAGCCAUCACCGGCGCCCAGCGAGCCAGACAGAUGCUGCACUCCAACAAACCUGUUCACCUCUUUAUUACAGGAGGAGAAGACAAAGCCUCCUGAUGGAGCCACACAGAACCAGUGGGACCACCGGACUCAAACAGUGGUAGAUAGCUGCUGUGGAUAUUAAACUGGUUACACUUCAGGAACACGUGCCCCUUUCAGCUGCAUUCAGGCGUUCACUCUUAGCUACAUGUGGAAAACAACGUGUUCAUUGGCUUUGUUUGAUGUGCUAUCGCUAGGAGCUGUGAAGAAACAUCACGCCAUGAAGUGAAGAGGCCAUAAAAGACUGUUGUGGUUAGAUUAUUAUACCAUAAUCACUGAUAAAAGUUCACAUGUGACCUGAAAGGCAAACAUUUUUCUGGAGUGCUUCAGUAAUUAUCAGUCGUUUUCUCAAUAUGGUGCCAUAAAAAUCAAAAAUGUAUUUUAAACCAA